AUGGUCGUCGACGCCGUUCGCGCCACGAAUGAGAUGUAUACUGGUUCGUGCUGCCCGCGACCUACUGGACUUGCGAGCCCCGUGGUUGCCCAGCAGAAGGGUCUGGCGGUGAUCCAGGAGGCCGUCGAUGCCUUCGGAAUGCGCCCGCCCGACCUCGCACCCGCAGGAGCCCUCAAGGAGCUCCGCGUUGCGCAAUCAUACGACCAGGAGUCCGCCGUGAUUGCGCCGGUGGCCUUCGACCGAGUCGAUCUGAUCUCCUUGCCGAGCGUGGGCUCCGAGCCGAAGCCCCUGUCCAUGCUCAUCGGGGGCGACAGCGUGAGCAUCGGUCACCGCCUUCAACAACUACUUCUGCCCCGUGAGCGGGGGCUCGCCCGGGUGGCGGAGCACGCUCCGAAGCGGGUCAGGGCUGGCGAGAUGGGGAUCUCGGUCACCGCCGGCGGGCAGCCCGUGUCGCCAUCGCAGUGGGUGUACCCGUGUUUCAGAUGCCCUCCGAUGGGGUUCAGUCUUAGCCUUUGGCUGUGCCAGACAGUGAACGAGACCGUCUCGCGCCGAGCUGGCUUAGUCAGGCGUCUGCUAUUGCUGCUGCUCGUCAGGUCGAUCAUCAUCUACGUGCAGUGGGUUUGCCUACUCAUGGGGUGGAGCGGUGUGGGCGGGGAGACUUUAGGCUGGGCCUUCGACUCUAACUCGCCCGUGAUCUCGCUCAACCCCCGGCUUAGGUGGAAGUUAUACCCUGGGCUCCAGGAGAUCCUCCGACGUGGGUAUUGUUCGGGGAAGGAGAUGGUGAGGAUUGUCUCGCACAUCACGUCCAGGGUGCUCAUUGGGAGGGAGCUUCUCUCGUGCCUUGGGGCUGUCUACAAGUUUGGGGAGAUAUACCGCAGCCGCGUUGCUAAACUUUGGCCAGUCGUCCGUCGAGAACUUUGUUGGGCCCGGGCUCUCCUCAUCUUCUGCAGCGGGGACCUCGGGCUGCCCUUCGACGCCGCCCCCACCUGCCUGGGCGCGUCGUCCUGGGGCUUCGGGGUCACGCAGCGGGAGGUCACCCUGGAGGCCCGGGCGGGCGUGAUGGCGCUUAAGCACAAACUCCGCUCGAAGAGGUGGCUGCCGUCCGAGUUUAACUCGGCCGACCCGGCGUCGCGGAACCGGCCUGGCGCCAGGCUCAUGAGGCGCCCAGCAGCUGCGCCGGCGACCGCCGACACCAGGAGCCGCAGCCGCCGGGACCGCUCGCAGAGCCUGGCCGCGUUGUCGUGGGGAGACCAGGCAACCCGUCGGGUCGCCCGGAGGCUUGCCUUCCCGGCUGCUGCGAUGACAGCGGCUACCGGCGUGCUGACCUUCUUGGAGACGCAGGCUGUCGGGGAGGCGACUCGCCGGGACUACGAGGCCAGGGUCUCGAAGUUCGAGACGUGGGCGUCCUCGGUCCAGCUGCCGAUCAGCGACGCGACCGAGAUGGACUCAGCGCUGGUGACGUUCUUCAACCAGCUCUCCUUCGACGGCUACCCGCGCGAGGAGGCGACGAAGUACAUGGCGGCGCCGGUGCACUUCCGGGCCGCGCCGGGCAGACUGCAGGUGGCCUUUCCUCGAGCCGCUCGCGCGGCGAAGGGCUGGGCCCGGCUAGUGCCGGCGCGCUCUCGGCUCCCGCUGCCGUGGCCGAUCGCCUGCUUGAUGAUCGGUUGGAUGCUGAACGUCGGCGAGGCGAUCGCGGCCGCGGCGACGGCGGUCUGCUUUGCGCUCUACCUUCGCCCGGCAGAGCUGCUGAGCCUGCAGCGCGAGCAGGUGGCCCCGCCGGCCGAGGGCGCCCCGCCGGGUCAGACCUUCCUCAACUUCUGGUCGCUGGUCCUGCGCCCGAUGGAGAGCCUCCAGCCGUCGAGGACGGGCGUCUACGACGAGGGCCUCCUCCUGGACAGCCCGGAGUUCACCUGGCUGCCGAUGCUGCUCCAGUGCCUCUCAAAGUUCAGGAGCCUCGGCGAGAUCGAGAAGAGAGGGAGGUGGGUGUCGGACUCGCCCCUUCGGCGCUGCACCAAGGGCGGCCGCGUCGCGGAGCAGAUGCGGCGCCCCCCGGUCGCCGAGCAGCGCCGCGCCACGCGCCUGGUCGGCAGCAUUGGCGGGCGCCUCUCCGGCAUCUGA